UCUGCGCUUCCGGCGCGUGGGUACUUCCGCUCAUGUGGGUGGUUCCGGGCGCGGUAAGGUCUGGCGUGGUGUUGCGAUGGCGGCCGGUGGGAGCGACCCGCGGGCCGGCGACGUGGAGGAGGAUGCCUCACAGCUUAUCUUCCCCAAAGAGUUUGAAACAGCUGAGACACUGCUAAAUUCAGAGGUUCAUAUGCUUCUGGAGCAUCGAAAGCAACAGAAUGAGAGUGCAGAGGAUGAACAGGAGCUUUCUGAGGUCUUCAUGAAAACCUUAAAUUACACAGCCCGUUUCAGUCGUUUCAAAAACAGAGAGACCAUUGCCAGUGUCCGUAGCUUGUUGCUCCAGAAGAAGCUUCAUAAGUUUGAGUUGGCCUGUUUGGCCAACCUUUGCCCAGAGACUGCUGAGGAGUCAAAGGCGCUGAUUCCAAGCCUGGAGGGUCGGUUUGAAGAUGAAGAGUUACAGCAGAUUCUUGAUGAUAUCCAGACCAAGCGCAGCUUUCAAUAUUAAUCUCCAGAUACCACUCUGCUGCUGAAGGAACUACAUCUCAAGCCCAGCACCACUGUCCUGGUGUCUGGAGCUAACUUACACAGAAAUUCCAUUGUGGAAGACACUUGGGCUGUCUUUGGCUAGAACAACCCAGCUUAGUCUUGGUUUAGGUUGCUAUUUCAGACUUGACUAUUGAACCAUGGUAACCUGACCUUGCCUCUGGGAAGGGUGAGGUGGGGUGAUGCGCAUAUAAGCUACACUAUUGACUACCUCAUGCCAUGGUUUUGGCCCCUGUGUUUUAAAGUUUGUUUUAAGAUUUUAUUUUUUUAAGUAAUCUCUACCCCCAAUGUGGGGCUUGAACUUAAACUACCCCAAGAUCAAGAGUGGCGUGCUCCACUGAUUGAGCCAGCCAAGCACCCCUUUUUUAAGAUUUUAUUUUUUUAGCCCAUAUUUAUUUUUGAUUCCUAAGAUUUCAUGUUUUAAUUUCAAUUUGUUUGUAGUUUUUGAAACUACAGGAAACGACAGUCUUAUCUAAAUGCAAAAGGAAGAAUUAAGGGGCAUUGGCUGACUCAAUUGGUAGAGCACGUGACUCUCAAUCUCAGGGUGAGAGUUCAAGCCCCACAUUGGGCAUGGAGCCUAGAAGCAAAAACAAGCAAAAAAACCCUGAAUAUAAAUGCAAAAGGAAGAAUUAAACCAGCCCUGUACCAUCAUCUGAAAUCCUUACAGAAAAGAUGAUACGCUAAUGACUGAGACAGCAUUGGCAUCAUAGUGCUUAACCCAGAAGUCAAGGAAGAAGCUCACCAUGGGAAGCAGUUAUACCCAGGAUAACUGCCAAGCAUGGAGGGCUCUAACAUAACCUUAAGGUAGAUCAAUACUUGACCUUUUUUCUUACACUGUUGAAGAAUGUAGAUUCGGAGGCAGUGGUCCUAAAGUACUAUUUCUCACUCCUAAAUUAAGAUUUUUUUUUGCCUUCAGUGGCCAGACUUGAAGGUCUGAACACUUUGAAUACUCCUUGGAUGGGGCAUCCAGUCCAAACCUUUUUCUUGCUACUUAGUGGCAGGUGAUCUCUGAUGGGGGUGAUUGUCUAUUUUCAUAGGAAGGAAAGCGGAGUGUGCGCACAAAGAAAGCAUGCACAUAAGCUAGUAGAUUUGGUCAUGUCAAGACAAGUGUCAAUAAGUUCACUAAACUACAGAUACUCCCCAGGAACCACAUGGUUGGAGCAGGGAGGGUGGUGGGGGUGAUGUUCCCAGAUGAGGGAAGAGGGUCAUGGCAGGUAGUAGAAACAAAAACACCCCACCAAAUGGAUCAGGUACCAUAAAAAUGUCCAUACUCUGACCUAGUGAUUCUAUUUCUGGAAACUGUAUACCAAACAUCAGAACACAGAGGAAGCUCUAUAUGUCAAGAGCUGAUUCUUUUUCCAAUAGAGAAAUAGUAUGGUAUGUUAUGGUUACUUGUCCAUGGACUAUUUCUCACCUAUUUAACAGGUGAACUUUUUCAGAAGCUAAAUGGCUUACAGCCAAAUACUUGGAUACUGAAUCCAUGGACAUUGAGGACAUUCUGCUACAUGAAAUGUGAGACAGAUACCAUAUAAUCUCACUUAUAUGUGGAAUCUAAAAAACCCAAACUCAAAAGAAACAGAACAGAUUGGUGGUUGUCAAAGGAUGAAGGGAGGGGUGUGAAAUGGGUAAAGGUGGUCAAAAGGUACAGACUCCUAGUUAUAAGGCAUGGGGACAUAAUACACAGCAUGGUGACCACAGUUAAUAAUACUGUAUUGUAGGGAUGCCUGGUGACUCAGUUGAUUAAGUAUCUGGUUCUUGGUUUUAGCUCAGGUCAUCUCCUGGGUCAUGGGACCAAGCCCUUGUUGGACUGCACUCAGCAGGGAGUCUGCUUGAAGAUUCUCUGUCUCCACACCCCACCUUCACGGGCCCUCUCUCUAAAAUAAAUAAAUCAUUAAAAAAGUACUGUAUUAUAUAUUUGAAAGUUGCUAAGAGUAGAUCUUAAAAGUUGUCACCACUGGAAGAAAUUCUAACUAUGUGAGGUCAGGGUGGUUAACUAAACUGACUGUGAUAAUUUCACUAUAUAUGUAUAUAUAUAUAUAUGUACAUAUACAUAUAUAUAAUCUUUUCACUGUAAUAUAACCAAUAUAAUGUUCUAUGUCAGUUACUUCAAUAAGGCUGGAAAAAUAUAUAAAACUU